GGCCCUAAAAUGUUGUAACGCAUUUUCCAAAUGGCUUCAAAAGACAGACCGGUUUGUCAAAUUUUCUCGUUUCAUGAUUGCAAAACGUCACCAGACCCAAUUUUUGAGCCCCCCGAGCAGUGUGUGCAACCCACACCGGUUCCAAUAGUGAUAGAUAACGGUUCCUUCCAGACUCGGGCCGGUUGGGCAACUUCAGCAGCUGAGUCUGAAUCUCCGCGGCUGAUUUUUAGGUCGGUGGCGGCGCGCAGCAGAGGUGCUGCCCGCAGCGAGACCCAGAUCGGCAACGACAUCCCAAACCUGGAGCCUCUGCGGUGGUUGCUGAAGAGCCAGUUCGACCGAAACGUGGUUGUUAAUUUCGAGAUCCAGGAGCUCAUCUUUGAUUAUGUGUUCACACAUCUGGGCAUCACUUCAGAGGGUGGUGUGGGACACCCUGUGGUGCUGACAGAGGCGCCCUGCAACCCGCUCCACUGCCGCCAGAUGAUGUCAGAGUUGCUGUUUGAGUGCUACCGUGUCCCGUUUGUGUCCUAUGGCGUGGAUGGCUUGUACAGUUUCUAUUACAAUAACACUCAACAGAAGCUCCAGUCACCUCACACGGGCAUUGUUUUGUCAUCAGGAUAUCACUGCUCGCACAUCCUGCCAGUUAUCAACGGCAGGUUGGAUGGUGUGAAUUGUAAACGUGUGAACGUGGCUGGAAGCCAGGCAGCAUCCUACCUGCAGCGCCUCAUGCAGCUGAAAUACCCAGGUCACCUGGCUGCUAUCACACUGAGCCGCAUGGAGGAACUUCUUCAUGAGCACAGUUACACUGCUGUGGAUUAUCAUGAAGAGCUGGAAAAGUGGCGUAGCCCUGAGUUUUACGAGCGGGAAGUUCACCGCAUGCAGCUUCCUUUUUCGGGGAAGUUGCCUGGUGGUGGUGCAAGUGUGGAGGAGCAGCAGGAACGGCGAGCUCAGCAGCUUCGAAGACUUCAGGAGAUUAAUGCUCGCCGGAGGGAAGAGAAACUGCUGCAAGACCAGGAGAGGCUGGACAGACUUAUGGCUGUACAGGAGCUGUUGGAAGAUGGCCUGCUGGAUCAGUUUCACAAGAGUCUGGUGGAACUGAACAUGGACUCAGCUGAGGAGCUUCAGUCAUACAUCAACAAGCUGCAGCUCGCUGUAGAGCAGGGCCGGCAGAAACUGCUGCACAGUGAUGGAGCAGAGGGAAAGAUGGAAGUGUCAGAGUUGGAGCAGCCGAUGGAUGAAGGAGAUGGAGGGGUGCUGAUGGAUUCAGACUUCCCCGAGGACAUGCUGCCAGAAAAAUCUGCUAAUAUGGUUCAGCCUGCAUUCAACAUGGCGGAGUACCACCAGAUGUUUGUGGGGACGGAACGUCUGCGAUGUCCAGAGAUCGUGUUCCAGCCCACACUGACUGGAGAGGACCAGAUGGGACUGAUGGAGACGCUGCAGUAUGUCCUGGCCAGAUACUCCCCAGAGCAGCAGGAGGCGCUGGUGAGCAAUGUGUUCUUGACAGGAGGAAACGUGCAGUAUCCUGGGAUGAAGGAGCGGGUGGAGAGAGAGCUGCUGGCCAUGAGGCCUUUCCAGUCUAACUUUAAGGUCACCAUGGCAUCACGGCCAGCCCUAGAUGCCUGGUAUGGAGCGCGGGACUGGGCUUUGGAGCAUCCACCUGAAGCAGGAGCAGAGGGAUGGAUCAGCAGGCAGGACUAUGAGGAGAAAGGAGGCGAGUAUCUGAGCGAGCACUGUGCCUCCAACGCCUUCAUCCCCAUGAAGAUUGCCAAACCAGUUCCUGUUCGUCCUGCUGAGCCGUCUGUCACUGCACACAUAUCAACAGGUGCAUCUGGUGUCAUCACCACGGUAACGUCUGCCUCAGCUUCCUCCUCCUCUGCUACUGCUGAUGUUACCAUGGUUGCUUCCUGAAAUUAGGUUUCUGAUAUUCACUGAAUUCAAGAAAUUAUUAAGGGCUGAAGGGAGGAGUUUGCUCUGUUUGGUAGUCUUGUUCAGGCAUUUUUAUUCCCAUCAUGCUGUUCAGCAAACUGCAGAGAGCAGGUGUCAACCUGUUGCAUUCGGUCAAAGGUGAACUUUACUGAAAACUUACACUUAUAUUCAGAAAAAGAUUAAAAUGAAAGUAUGUUUUCAUCGAUGCACAUUGUUAAAAAAUUGUUAGAAAAUGUUCUUCUGUUACCAAACAUGAGAAAAACAAUAUACUUUAGCAGUAGCCCUUUUUUCUUUUUUGAACAGUGUUAAAAUAUUAAUUUUUUGCUUUGAGACCAUUUAGUCAUACUCAGCAGUUUGGAGGUUUAUGGAGUUACUGUGAAUCCUAAAACUUCUGUGUAUUUAUUACUGUGAUUGCUACAAAAUGCUUAACAUUUUUCAUUUUGCUGGCAAAAACCAUGCGUGACUGUUCACAUUGAACAGUCAGUUUAGUAGCAACAAUUAUUUUGGUUCACUUUUUAAUUAGAAUUUGCUACAUUUUGUGUUUUUUAUUAAGAAUAUAUUUCCACUGUUGAAGAUAUAAAUGUGAAUUAAAACUGUUUCCUUAAAACCAGCCAUAACCUUGUUUUAUUUUACUUUGCUACUUCCACUUUUUGUCUCUGUACAGUUAAUUUCUUAAAUUAAUUAAAUGGUUUGUUUCA